AAGGUGCGCUUCGGCGACGUCGCGGGCCUCAAGGCCGCGAAGAAGGCCAUCACGCGCUGCGUCGUCUGGCCGCGGACGCACGCGGCGGCCAUGCGGCGCUUCAAGAUCGAGGCGCCGAGCGGCGUGCUCCUGCACGGGCCGCCGGGCGUCGGCAAGACCAUGCUCGUGCGCGCCGCGGCGACGGAGGCCGACGCGACGCUCUUCGAGCUCACGCCCGCGAACGUCGUCUCGGCGAAGAUGGGCGAGAGCGAGCGCGUCGUCGCGUCCGUCUUCAAGGCCGCGAUGCGCCACGCGCCCGCGUUGAUCUUCAUCGACGAGUUCGACACGCUCUUCCCCCGGCGCGACACGGCCGAGGGCAAGGUCGGCGCGUCGCUCGUGACGGGCCUCUGCGUCAACUUCGACGAUCUCGGACGAUGGAAGAAGGAGCGCCGCGAGAGCGACGAGCACGCGGACCGGCUGGGGGUCGUCGUGUUGGCCGCGUGCAACCGGCCCAAGGCCGUGGACCGCGCCUUGCUGCAGUACGGCCGCUUCGACUACGAGAUCGCCGUGGCGCUGCCGGACCUCGACGACCGGCGCGAGCUCGUCGAGAACCUGGCGGGCGAUGUGGCCGACGCGACCGACCUCGACUUCGUCGCCGGGGACACGGCCGGCUUCUCGGGCGCGGACCUC